AUGUCCGGUCGAGAGAACCCGUAUGAACGGAAGUUCGACCAAGGCUACGCCCGACGAGAUAACGCAGGCGGGUACACCUUCCGCCAUGCCGGCCCGGGUAGUGAGCCUCACUCGUCGGAUUUUAACCGAUCGAGUAAGUCCGGCAAGUCAAACCAGUCGACCAAGUCGGCCAAGGAGAAGCGGGACGCGCGGAUCCUGGCGAACGACUUCACCCAAUCGCCGGAGGAUAGCUUCGAGGACGCCCACGACCGGACGUUCCUCGAGCUACCACAGGCUGAACCGGAGGUUCUGCACGGCCCAAUAGGUCGAGACGCAAACUCCGAGCCUGCGGCUGGACUUGUGCACCCAAUAGGUGCCUCGCCAGUCUUCUUCCCGGCCAUCACCCCAGACCAUGGAGCCUCGAGCCCGGCGCUAAGUAGCUCCGAGGCGUCACCAGACAUGGGUGACCCUGUGCAGCCCCAACAGGGCAGCAUGGCGGGACCGAAACCGAGGCAAGGCCAGAUGAGCCCGAGCCAGAUGAAGGUCCGUCAACGGAUUUACGAGCUGCAAAACCAGCUCUUGGCCGGACAAAACAUCGUCGAAUCGACGGAGAAUGUUCUGUCCCAGACGGUGGCUUCGCACAAACAGGAGCGCAAGAGGCUCACUGACGAACCUGAACGUGCGAAUGCUGUUAUUGAUGACCUCACCCAGGAGAUCGAACGGUUAGAGGCCCAGUUACAAGUAACUGAGGAGCCCUGCCGUCAUGAACAAGCCGAAGUCACUAGACUCCAGGACAUGCUGGAGCAGUCUCGGGCUGAAGUGGCCACCCUGCGCCAGGACUUGGAGCAGCGGUUACAGGCCCUCGGCUACUCCGAGGCUGGCUCGGCGGAACUCCUUAAGAUGUUCGACCGGGUGGAUGAGUAUCGCGAGGAGAACCAUCACCUUAAGCAGGGCAUCAUCGGCCUGGAGGGAGAGAUCGACGAGCUCAACUCAGAACUCGACUUCCUCCGGACGGCCUACGCGAACCUCCGGGAGAACCAGAACGACCCGGAGGGUAUAGCCUUAGACCUUCGGCUAUGCCAGGCCCAACUUGGCCAGCAGAUUCUCGCCCUCACCACCCAUCUUCAGAACGAAACAGCUCGGUUCGAACAGGCUCGCACCGAGAACCUCGCAGUCAUUGAGGCUCAACGAGCCCGGAUCACACAGCUUGAGUCCGAGAAAACCCAGUGGGAGAUGGACAAGGACCGUCUUCUGAAGUACCAACAGGAGCUUUACAACUUCGGUAUCGACCUAUCUAACCGGUACAACGACCUUGGUGACAAGUACAACCAGAUGUACCAGGAACGAGAAAACCUGGGCAUCGAGGUCGCAUGCCUGAAGGAAGAGAAGACAUAUCUCGAGGACUCCAUGACCGAGCAACCCCGUCCUACCGGACUACCCAAGAGCAGGAUAAAUGUCAGCAGAUUGAUGACUACCUGCGACGAGAUAACCCCCUACUGA